AUGAGUUCAUCGGCUAUAAUAAGAAGAAGCAUCAUUCGCAGGCGCUUGGCUUCGUCGUCGCCAGCACCAGCAACGCUAUUGAAAACAAGCACACAAUCGCUAGCCUGCUCACGCGCAUUUUCAUCGAGUUCCGUCAAGUGCAUCGCUCAAGAAGAAGACGUUGUGGACUUGGGCAAGUUGCCGAGAAAAGAGGAGCCCUGGAUCUAUGCGCCCUUGAUCAACCCCACCGAGAAAUACAAGGAGCAAAUUGAAGAAUUGCACAAGUUUGGCACCUAUAUAAUGGCGUGUAUGCCCAAAUUCAUCCAGCAGUUUUCCGUUUGGAAGGACGAGUUGACGUUGUACGUUGCGCCAAGCGCCAUACGUCCCGUGAUGUCGUUUUUGAAGAACCACACCGCGGCGCAGUACAAGAGCUGCAUGGACAUCACUGGUGCUGACUACCCUUCGAGAAGCAAUAGGUUUGACGUUGUAUAUAAUUUGUUGUCGGUGAGACAUAACUCGAGAAUCAGGGUCAAGACCUACGCGAAUGAAACGAGCGCUGUGCCUUCCGUCACCCCCAUUUACCACGGGGCCAAUUGGUACGAGAGGGAGACUUAUGAUAUGUUUGGUGUGUUUUUCACGGGACAUCCCGAUUUGAGGAGAAUCAUGACCGAUUACGGGUUCGAGGGCCAUCCUUUGAGAAAAGAUUUCCCAACUACUGGUUACACUGAGGUUAGAUAUGAUGAGGAGAAAAAGAGGGUUGUGUAUGAGCCAUUGGAGUUGACUCAGGCUUGGAGAAAUUUCACUGUUGGCUCGUCGGUUUGGGAACAAGUUGGCGAUGGUAAGGAUUUCACUCCUGAAAAUUUCAAAUUGCCUACUCCUGAACCUGAACCUGAAAAGGAAGAUGACAAGAAGAAAUAA